CUAAUGCUCAGCCAGAGCAGCGGCAGAGAGGCUGAGCUGGUGAAUGAGGAGACGACGGGCUGAGGGAGACGAUGGAGCAUCGGCACCGUGUUUUGACAGCACGUUAAUCCGAGUUUCGGCUGCAUUUUAAAUGAAAAAGAAGACGAGAAGCCCGCGGCCUGAACCGAAUGUGUGGAUUACAUGAUAAUAAACCGAGGCGCCGCUGUACGCGAUCUACGGAUGGAGGCGACGCUAAAGUCUGAAGUAUGCACCAAGUGUUUUCUGUAUUUUCCCCACAGCCGGCGGAGAUGAAGCUCUUUCUGUCACCACCAAGCAGCUUUAAACGUAAAACUGGCCAAUGUUAAGAGACGGUGGCGCUGGAUUUAAUGGAGAAUCACCCAGCGUCUGAAACAGGGAUUAAAGGGCAGUUUAUUGACAGUGAACGGUGGAUACUAAGUGUUUUUUUUUUGGUCGACUGAUGACAAUUACAUCCUCAUAAAUAAUAUUUGCAUCUUUAUUUGAUUCCCGGAUUUCACCGCUCUCCUGAGAAACAGCGAGCUAGCAACGGACGGACGAAGCUAGCUCACGUACACAUUUAACGUCAAGUAUUUGCUCUAUUUAGUGGUAAACAUGGACAACAUUUAGCCCGUUACGACAUUUCAACACUGUAUUCAAAAAAAGAGGAAAGUCGCCUGUCUGUUCGAGCUCGGUUUGGCAAGAAAUCAGCCCGGCUUUCCUGUCAGUCAGACUUUAAUAGCUCAUAAUCCCCGCUGGAGCAUAACCGAGUUUUAUUUACGCGAGCUAGCGGCUACAGUAGCUAGCGGCAGCUGUCGGAGCGCCGUGGCUCAGCAUGUUGGGGUGAAACCCAGCAGCAGCCUCGCCAAAAUGCACCGGAGGACAUAAACCCAGCGCCAGCGCCAGCACCGGGUCAUGUCGGACUGACGGGCAGCGCCGUGGCCCAGAGCGGCUCGGUUCGUGGGAGAGAGGGGAUCAGCGACGCUGCAGCCAGCCUCCAGCUCCGUCCGCGACGCCCCCUAGGACGCCAGCGACAGCGACAGCCUCGGUCUCGACUCGCCUCAGCCUCCGGAUCCGGGGAAAAAUGGGAGAGCAGCCCAUCUUCAGUACGAGGGCCCACGUCUUCCAGAUCGACCCAGGCACCAAGAAGAACUGGGUUCCCACCAGUAAACAUGCUGUCACCGUCUCCUACUUCUACGACAGCACCAGGAAUGUUUAUCGAAUCAUCAGUCUGGAUGGAUCUAAGGCCAUCAUCAACAGCACCAUCACCCCCAACAUGACGUUCACCAAGACAUCGCAGAAGUUCGGCCAGUGGGCCGACAGCCGGGCCAACACCGUGUACGGCCUCGGCUUCUCCUCCGAGAGCCACCUGGUCAAGUUUGCAGAUAAGUUUGCGGAGUUCAAGGAGGCGGCUCGUCUGGCCAAGGAGAAGUCCCAGGAGAAGACGGAGCUCACCAGCACUCCCUCUCAGGGUGGCACUGCAAAAAGAAAUGUGUUGUCAGUCAACAAGUCUGGUAAAAAGAAGGAGUCAGCACCAGGCGACCUGCAGUCACCUUUGACCUCCGAGAGCAUCAACGGUACAGACGACGAGAGAGUCAGGCCAGAAACACCGCAACACCCCGAACCCAGAGCAGAGCCCUCCCAGAAUGCACUGCCCUUCUCACACAGCUCGUCCAGCAUCAAUAAGCACUGGGAGGCGGAGCUGGCAGCACUUAAGGGGAAUAACGCCAAACUGACGGCGGCGCUGCUCGAGUCCACGGCCAACGUCAAGCAGUGGAAACAGCAACUGGCGGCGUAUCAGGAGGAAGCCGAGAGGCUGCACAAACGGGUGACGGAGCUGGAGUGUGUGAGCGGCCAAACGACUGUGAUCAAAUCCCACAAGACGGAACUGAACCAGACGAUAGAGGAGCUGGAGCUGGCUUUAAAGGCCAAAGAGGAGGAGUUAGAGCAACUUAAAGCAGAGAUGGAGAGUGCCAACGAGUUUCAGGCUCAGAAAGUCUCCCUCACACACAAACUUCAGGACACUGAGAUGAGGAACCAGGUGCUGGAGGCGCAGCUCGGCGACCUGGAGCAGCGCCUGGAGAGCAGCCAGCUGGAGAGAGAAGCCUUUCGCAAGAGCCUGCGCUCCCUGCUGGAGCUGCUGGACAGCAAGAUCUUCGAGCUGACCGAGCUGCGGGACACGCUGGCCAAGCUCCUGGAAGGUAGCUAGAGCAAAAACAAACCUGAAGUCCAAAAAUCACCGCCGACACGGAGCUCAACUUGAAUUCUCUUUUUAGUUCCCACUCGCGUUCGGUACGUGUGAAAGGUUUACACACACUUUUUUUGCUACGUUGACGCCGUUUACAGCCAACAGCCAAGUGAAGCUUGGACCAUGCCUUCCCUGCGCUCCACUCUGGAUUAUUCUUGAUUCUCGGACGACACAGACACUGAAUGAACCCAUUUACACAGAGUUCUCUCUCUCUCUCUCAUCUUUCGCUUUUUUGCUCUUUUACAUAUUAAACUUUUGAGCUUUGCUUUGGUGCAUUUGACAGUCGCCCCGAGCAAGUGGCUGUUCUUCGUGUUUUCCUCUCGUCCUGUCAGUUUCAGCCGCUAACGGUCACCGUCAGCCAAAUGAACACUGACCAGUCGGAUUAGAGCGACUCUAGUUUUCCUACACUCAUAUUUUUGUUAUAAACUUUGGGCUGGAAUGUGAUGAUCAGUGUGACGACGUUCCCCCUGCGAUGGGACGACUACAGUAUGACUUAUCGUUAUACAGUAUAUGAGCAAUACACAAAGGGAGCAUCUGAGGGGAUUUCAACACUUUCCACUCUCACUUUCAGGUAAUUCUAGUCCUCUCUCGAAUAGAUGACGCGCGAGGGAGGAUUUUGUUCAAGUCUUCAUUUCUAUACACUUUUUUUAAACAAAUACUAUGAUAACCAAUACAUUGUGCACUUGUAAAAAAGGAGUUUGUGUGUGUGGGUGAGUCGGGUUUAGUUUUUCUUUCCCCUUCUUGUUUCUGUUGCGACUUGAAGUGCAAUCCUAUUUUUGUUAUUUAUUACUCAAGAUUUGAUGAUGAUCAAAGUUGUACAAAAGCUCUUUAUUUACAUCUCGUUUUCACUUUGUCUUUUUUAUCGUCUGGUACAUGGUUGUCGAGGUACUUUUGUUUUGGAGCAACUGGUGUUGGAUGCAUUCGUUGAAAGAAAUGGAAAAUAUAGCAGUUUGUUUGUUUUUGUUUAGUUUUUUUUUUCCAUUUGCCAAAUAAUGUUUUCCUGUACAGAUUUAAAUUUUUGCUGAUGUUGCCUUUGGUACAGAGAUGCAUCAAUGGUAGCUAACAAGCGGUACUUAUUUUCAUUGUGCGUGGGAUUUACUGUUGCCAAAAAUUCAGCGAUGUUGAGAAGAAUAAAGUAUGUGCACCUGAAGAACACUGUUUAAGGGCUCAUUGUUGGUUCGGGUACAAUCGAAUGAUUUUGACUUGAUCAUGUUGCAAAUUCUGAGCAUUACAGCUUAAAAGGGAAGAAACUUUUAAAUGUUGAUAUUAUACUACAUGCUACACAAGGUUUAUAGUAAAAUGUAAACAAAUGGAAAACCA